AUGGAAGCUAAAGAAAACUGCUCAGACUGUGGAAAACGAGUCAGUGUAGGAUGGUGCAAAGAGUGUGAAAUUGGCGCUUUUAAAGAAAAUUUCACAAUCUGGGCAAGUGGAAAUAUUGAUAUUGAUAAUUUCAUUAAGCAUACUCAGUUAAAUGCAACUGGAUGUUUGGAUUAUUUGGAAUUUAUUGAUUUUGAACAAUUUGGUCUUAUAGAAAAGACAAAUAAAGGCGGAGCCUUUAGUGAAAUUUAUUCAGCAAUAUGGAUGGAAGGUCCUCGAUGGACUUGGAAUGAUGUCGCUGAACAAUAUAUACGUAACGGACCUAUAAAAGUUGCUCUUAAGAGAUAUAACGAUUCACAAAAUAUAAAUGAAAAUUUUUUAGCCCAAUUUUACGAUUUUCAUCGUUCACUUAACGGAGGAAGCAUAGCGGAUUGUUUUGGAAUAACAAAGGAUCCUUCAUCAUCGAAUUACAUGUUUGUUAUGAAAUAUUAUGAUGAUAGUGACUUAUAUUCAUAUAUAGAAGAAAGUCACGGAAAUCUUGAUUGGAAGGAUAUUAUCACAACUCUUUGGGGACUAUCUACAGAAAUCAUUCGUGUUCAACAAAUCGGAUCAUGUUAUGGAAAUCUUCACGGAGGCAACGUACUGGUUGAAGAUGGAAAUAUACGUAUCACCGAUAUUGAAUUAUUUUUUCAAGUUGAAAGAUGGGUAACUGCUAUUGACGAUUCUAAUAUAUCAGAAUUUAAUAAUAUUGAUGAGAAAGAAACCUUGGAUUCGGAAAGAAACAAACUUCAUCGACAAGGAUUUUACCAUAAAGAUAUUUUUACAAAAAAAUACAAAUUUACAUUUCGAAGAUAUAAAUUGAAUAUAGAUUGGCAAAAAUUAAAAUCAGUAUUUCAAAGAUAUAGGUUGGCAAAGAUACAAAUUGGCAAAAAAUAUAAAUCGGUAGUCGAAGAUACGGGUUGGCAAAGAUACAAAUUGGCAAAAAAAUAUAAUCGGUAG